GAACUGUUUUCCGGACUUCCAGAAUCCAACCGUUUACUGUCGCCGCCGAUUCCCUAUCUAACCCACCGUCGAGCUUCCUUCAGCCGGCCACCACCAUUCCCUCCCACCCUGAGUCUCAGACUUCAACCGUCCGGCAGCACGGUUGACCCUCAUCCAUCCACCAUCGACCUCGAUCCUCUGUCGGUUUACCGCUCCUCUCUUCACCAUUUUUCCAGUUUCGGAUUCGUUUGUGCAUCCUAUUACAAGGGAAUACUGACCAAUUCAUGUUGCAAUGACAACUGACACAACUCCUCAAGAUCAAAAGAAACGCACCUCGGACGCAUUGGAGCGAAGAUUUGCCCUUGCGGAAGCUGAGCUUCGUCUACAGCAACAGAAGAAGAAUAAAAAGACAUAUCAUGAAGAAAACAACAGAGUUACUCAAAGCACGGUUUCUUCUUCAGCAUGUCUAACUGCUCCGUCAAUCACACAAUCUUCAAAUUUCUCGUCUAAGAAAGGGAAUGUAGUGUUCUCAGGCCAGGCUAAGACACAAGACAAGGAAGCAAAUGAUCCAACAUAUUUUCAACUCUCUCAUCCCGUACAUGAGAAUCUGCUAACAACUAAUAAGAUGCCUGAUAGAAGAGGAACCGUUGUCAAUCAGAUUUUGCACGAGCUUCUCAAAAAUGGUGAUUCAGCUCAGAAAUACACGCAGGGAUCUAGAAGCAUGAAAAUUGAUAAUUGGAUCCUUCUUGAUAAUUUCGUACAAAGUCAUGGUGCAGCUUUUAGUGCUCGUCUUAGGGCUUUACAGAGCCAUUCAAAGCGCUCAAAAAAACACAUGUCAAUGAAGCAACAUAAAAAAUGUGGAUCAUUUGAUAUGCCUCGCGAGAUCCAUAACUUUGAUAUUUUCAAGCCAAUGAAUGAAAUGUGGAAAGGCUACAUGACCCAACUUCUUAAAAAUGUCGGGAAAAAUCAGUUGGCGCAAUGUCUUCUCACUGCUGACUUACAUGGUGCAAUUAUUAUAGUUGCCCAGUGUAAAAUAUCUGCAUUUACCGGCAUUAGUGGUAUCAUGAUUCGUGAAACUGCAGAAACAUUUGGAAUAAUCACGAAAGAUAAUAAAUUCCGAGUUGUGCCCAAAAAGCUCUCCGUAUUCAUAUUCCAAGCUGAUUGCUGGAAAAUUACGUUGCACGGAGACAAACUCACUUCGAGAAAUUUGGGGCCCUGAUCCGAUGCCGAAAUUGCAUCUUUGGUUGCUUGCUAUCUCUCUACCUUGGGGUAUUCUUAUGAGGUUCUCCUACAUGUGAAUCAUUUGCUUCUUUUUAAAAUGUCCAGUAACAUCAUUUAUUAGUAUGGCAUGUAAUAUGUUGUUGAUAGACAUGAUUUUUCAAACAUCAUUUUCAUUCAAUAAUGGCGGUUGUAGUAGGAGAAAUAUAUGAAGGGCAUUGAAGGAAAUGAGAGAAAAUGUGGUGCUGGUCAUUUUUCAGAAGUAUGGUGGAAUAUUCAUAUUGGUAAUGGUAGCCUGCAGGUAGCUAAAAUGUGAUGACCUUCAAAUGCGGCUUUUAAUUUUUUCUUUGGUAUCAUAUCCUUUUACCUUAACGAAUGAAAA